UCCCAAAGAGCCAAUCAGAUGACAAAUCAGUUAUCUUAAUGUAACCGACUGGUUUUCUCUCUCUCUCUCUCCCUCCAUAAAGAACUUCCCCCCCUCGUGUCACCUUCCUCUUUCCCCCACGUCUCUCCUCCAUGGCUUCACCGAAACCCUUCUCUCUCCUCCCCACACCCCCACCAACACCAAAAGCCAUUCUCAUCCCCAAACCAACCCUUUUCCCAUCACUCACACACUCGCACAAACAUGAGGCUGUACGUGUACGUGCUGGAGGCCAGAGAUUUGGCUUCAAAGCACACGUACGUGAAGCUUCGGAUUGGGAAAUUCAAGUCCAAGACUAGGGUUUUGAAGGACACCUUAAACCCUGCUUGGAAUGAGGAGUUUGCUUUUAGGGUACAUGACAUGGAAGAUGAGCUUGUGGUCUCUGUGUGUCACCAUGAAGAUGACUCUGGCUUCUUCAAUGUGUCAGCAGAUUUUAUGGGUCGGGUUCGAGUUCCGGUUCGGUCCAUUGCUGCUGAGGAAAAUCACAACUUGCCCCCAACUUGGUUUUCUCUUGAAAAGCCCAAGGCUUCAAAAUUGGUAAACAAAGAUUGUGGGAAAAUUCUUCUUGCUCUUUCUCUGCAUGGAAGAGGCCAAGAUAUAUGCGCUGACCACCUUUCACAUGAACAUUCACGUACUAGGAAUAGGGAUUCUAAAGAAUGGAAAAGUCCCCAUGUCAUGUAUCAGGAUAUUCUUAGCUACACAGGUCCAUCUCGGAAGAUCCUUUCGGGAAAAAUGAAAGAUAUUGCAGGCCAUUUGGAGAAGCUUUUUCAUCGAAAUGACGUUAACCCUAGAAGUGACGAUUCUUCAGAGCAGUCCAGUUCACUUUCUGAUUAUGAGGAUUGCACCGAAGAAUCCCAAUCUUGCUGUACCUUUGAAGAAGCUAUGGAAAAGAUGCAGUCAAUAAGUAAUGACAUUGAAAUGCCUAAAAAUUUGCAAGGGAGCAUUCUUCUUGAUCAGACAUAUGCAGUGCCUUCUAAAGAUCUCAAUACAUACCUUUUCGCUCCCAAUUCACAGUUCAGGAGAGAUCUGGUGGACGUGCAAGGAACAGCUGAUUUCCAUGAGGGGCCCUGGAUGUGGAAAUCAGAAGACAGAGACGUGGCAUCUUUAACGCGGGUUGUUAGCUAUAUAAAAGCGCCAACAAAGUUAUUUAAGGCUACUAAGGCCACUGAGGAACAAUCCUAUAUCAAGGCAGAUGGAAGCGAAUUUGCUGUUGAUGUAAACGUGAGCACACCCGAUGUUCCAUACGGUAAUGCAUUCAAGAUUCAAAUUCUUUAUAGUAUAAUUCCUGGUCCACGGCAAUCUUCCGGAGAAGAAUCCUCCUGUCUUGUAGUAUCUUGGGGAAUUAACUUCAUUCAGAAUACUAUGAUGAGGGGCAUGAUUGAAGGAGGAGCUCGACAAGGACUAAAGGAGAAUUUCGAUCAGUUUGCCAGCUUGCUGGCUCAGAAUGUUAAAACACUCGAUUCGACAAAUGUGUUAGACAAGGAUCAUAUGUUGGAAACUUUGAAAAUGGAGCACCAGUCAGAUUGGGAGCUGGCAACUGCUUAUUUUUGGAAUUUCUCUGUGGUUUCAGCUUCUCUUGUGACUUUGUAUGUAUUUGUGCAUAUUCUACUUUGUAGACCGGGGGAGCCACAAGGAUUGGAAUUUUAUGAUCUUGAUUUGCCAGACAGUUUUGGAGAGCUCAUGACUUGUGGUAUUUUGGUCGUUUUACUAGAGCGUGUUUAUAACAGGGUAUCACAUUUUGUACAAGCUAGGUUCCAAAAAGUAAAUGAUAAUGGAAUCAAAGCUCAAGGUGAAGGAUGGGUGCUCACUGUAGCUUUGAUUGAGGGGACAAACUUAGCGUUGUUGGAUCCAACGGGGUUCCCGGAUCCCUAUGUGGUGUUCACCUGCAAUGGUAGAACGAGAACAAGCUCUGUUAAGCUUCAAACUCUUGAUCCUCAAUGGAAUGAGAUACUUGAGUUUGAUGCUGCUGAAGAACCCCCCUCAGUGAUAGAUGUGGAGGUUUAUGAUUUUGAUGGUCCAUUUGACCAGGCUGCCUCACUUGGGCAUGCAGAGAUAAAUUUCUUAAAGCACACAUCCACAGAACUGGCAGACAUCUGGGUUCCCCUUGAGGGAAAACGUGCUCAGUCCUCCCAGUCAAAGUUGCACCUCAGGAUAUUUUUGGACAAUGACAAUGGAGUUGAAACAAUUAAAGAUUACUUAACAAAGAUGGAAAAGGAAGUUGGAAAGAAGUUGAACCUUCGGUCACCUCACAGAAAUUCAACAUUCCAAAAACAUUUUGGAUUACCACCUGAAGAAUUUCUCAUCAGUGAUUUCUCGUGCUCCUUGAAAAGAAAGAUGCCAUUGCAGGGGCGCCUCUUCCUAUCGGCAAGAAUUGUUGGGUUUUAUGCCAAUUUGUUUGGACAUAAAACCAAAAUUUUCUUUCUUUGGGAGGACAUCGACGAUAUUCAAGUACUUCCCCCAUCUCUAUCAUCCGUGGGCAGCCCUCAGUUGCUUGUAGUUCUGCGUAAAGGUCGGGGUCUAGACGCCAGACAAGGUGCAAAGUCUCAAGAUGAAGAAGGACGGCUUCGGUUCUAUUUUAUAUCAUUCGUCUCAUUCAAUGUAGCCAGUAGGACAAUCAUGGCUUUGUGGAGGACAAGAACUCUGACUCCAGACCAGAAAGCCCAAAUUGCAGAAGAGCAGCAGGAAGAAGAUGGAAAGUCAGUUUUGCUGGAAGACAAUGGGUCCUGUUUGGUUAUUGAAGAUGCCAACAUGUCUAGGGUGUACUCCGUCGAACUUGCUGUAGAUAUGAAAUCACUGAUGGAAAUGUUUGAGGGAGCUGACUUGGAGUACAAAGUGAUGGGCAAGUGUGGUUGCUUGAGUUAUGUCUCGACGGCUUGGGAGCUUGUAAAGCCAGAUGUGUUCGAAAGACGUAUAUGUUACAAAUUUAACCGUCAGUUCUCAAUCUUUGGUGGGGAAGUUACCUGCACACAGCAGAAAAUUCCUCUUCCAAACGGAAAAAGGUGGAUUGUAAAUGAGGUUAUGGCCCUACAUGACAUCCCAUUCAGUGAUCACUUCCGUGUUUAUUUUAGGUACCAGUUAGAGAGCUCCGUUCUUGCCGCUCGGAAUUCAUGCAAAUGCGACAUUUAUGUUGGUGUCAUGUGGCUGAAAAGUAGCAAAUUCGAACAGAGAAUCACAAGAAACAUAAUUGAGAAGUUUACUCAUCGGUUGAAGCACGUUCUUGAAUUGGUGGAAAGAGAGAUCUUAUUAGCAAAUGGUUCGAUCUGACGCCGCUUGAAGAUGUGUUUCUCUUGUGGAGGAAUUCAUCAAGGUAGAAGAAAGUUAUAGGGAAAUCGUAGAUUACUUUCGCUUUGGUUUGUUCUUUUCUUUUUUAACUUCUUCUCCCCUACAUAAUCGUCUCAACAAGUACUUCACAAUUGGAUAACUUCUUCAAUGUGCGAGAGCAUAUUUCAUUGAUGUUUCGCGACAUUCAUCCUGAUUAAUUUUCCUUCUCGCACAUAUCAUUGAUGUUUCGCGACAUUCAUCCUGAUUAAUUUUCCU